CUGCAGCGCGCUGUGAGCACCUACCACUAGCGGAGAUGCGAGAGAGAGGCCGCGGCCCCUUCCAGUUGCCUGCGGCCCCGCGCCGGCAUUCAGAACCCCUCGCCUGGCGCUAAAUUUAAAAACGUAACACCAGCAGCAGGCUGGUCCCGGAAACGAAACGAAACUCGGCCCCCGGGCCUCCUCCCGGGCGCUGCCGGUCCCUCAGCGCGCCGCGCCACCCGGAACAGACCCUUCUCCCGCCAUUUUCGGCAGGGCUGGGAGACUGAGGCCCGCAGCGCUGGGCCUGCGGCGCCCCGGAAGAGGCGGGCGGCAUGGCUGCCGGCGUGGACUGCGGGGACAGGGUUGGCGCCCGGCAGCACGUGUUCCUGGUUCCAGAUGAAACAACUGAACCACAGAGAAGUUGAGUAUCUUGCACAGAGUCACACUGCUGAGUCAGGAGAGGAGCUGAGAUUGGCGUAUGAACCCAUCUGACUCUAGGUCCAAUGUUCUUUCUGUGCUGACAUCAUUGAAGAAAUAGACAUAAGUUAAAAAAUAUUUAAAAGAUGCUUCAAAGAAGAUGAAAAGUGGGCUAAUGUUUGUAAAACUGGUUAACCCGUGUUCAGGAAAAGGAGCCAUUUACUUGUUCAAUAUGUGUCUACAGCAGCUGUUUGAAGUAAAAGUUUUCAAGGAAAAACACCAUUCUUGGUUUAUAAAUCAGUCAGUUCAAUCAGGAGGUCUUCUCCACUUCGCCACACCUGUGGAUCCUCUAUUUCUGCUUCUCCACUACCUCAUAAAGGCUGAUAAGGAGGGGAAGUUUCAGCCCCUUGAUCAAGUUGUGGUGGAUAACAUGUUUCCAAAUUGCAUCUUGUUGCUGAAACUUCCUGGACUUGAGAAGUUACUUCACCAUGUGACAGAGGAAAAAGAAAUAGACAACAAGAAAUAUUACAAGUACAGCAAAGAGAAGACAUUAAAGUGGCUGGGAAAAAAGGUUAACCAAACUACAGCAGCAUUAAAAACCAAUAAUGUGAAUGUCAGUUCCCGGGUACAGUCAACUGCAUUUUUCUCUGGUGACCAAGUUUCCACUGACAAGGAAGAGGAUUAUAUUCGUUAUGCCCAUGGUCUGAUAUCUGAUUACAUCCCUAAAGAAUUAAGUGAUGACUUAUCUAAAUACUUAAAGCUUCCAGCACCUUCAGCCUCAUUGCCAAAUCCUCCAUCAAAGAAAAUAAAGUUAUCAGAUGAGCCUGUAGAAGCAAAAGAAGAUUACACUAAGUUUAAUACUAAAGAUUUGAAGACUGAAAAGAAAAAUAGCAAAAUGACUGCAGCUCAGAAGGCUUUGGCUAAAGUUGACAAGAGUGGAAUGAAAAGUAUUGAUACCUUUUUUGGUGUAAAAAAUAAAAAAAAAAUUGGAAAGGUUUGAAACUUUGAAAAUAAAAUCUAGCAAAAAUAUUUGCUUUUUACAUGUUUCAAUUUGUCCUUCCUGACCAUUAAUGACUACCUUUGAUGGGGGGAAGGAAGAGGCCAAUUUCAUGUUCUCUUAAACAUUUCUUUGCAUUUGGUUUUUGUGUUCCUGAAUGAAAUAUGGGAAAGUAAUUGUGUAACUUCAUGGCUAUGGAUAAAUUAACAUAUAGCAUCAGGAUUUUCUCAAUAAACUGACCUGUGACAAU